GGAGAGAGGAGGACGGAUUCUCGGAGUGGAUUGUGGCUGACAAUGGAUGUAGCACCACCACAGCCUUCUAAGCAGGAGCUUGCCGCGGCAGAGGCGCAGACCAUGUCCGAUAUCAAGUGGACGGCAGCUAGCGCUGUUGUCUUGUACUUUUCGCCGCAUCUCGUCGAAUACGUCUCCAAGUUCUUCUAAGCGGAACGA